UCACACUUGCCUCUUCCCAAAUCCAUGUUUUUUACACAAUCAAAAAAAAUUGCCUACUCAUUUCUAGAAAUCAUCGAACGUAUCCCACGAAGGCUAUAGCCGCACACGCGGCAAGCUUCUUUUGGGUCAGUUUUGGUUGAACAUUUAUAAAGGGUUGUUUACCUAAGUUGUCUUGGUGCUAGACGGAGGUUUCAAAGUUUGCCUCUUUUUACUAUGAUCUACUAUCCAUAUUCCUUCUACCUAAAACAAUCAAUGUUUUCAGAUGAUACCCAUGUGAAAAAUUCAUCGAUUUAUUGGUCUUGUUAUAAUUCUUGAAUACUUCAGUAACACACAAUUGAGCUCAGGGGGGCUAAAGAUUUCAUUUUGAUUAGGUUAUCUCGCUUUUCUUGAAAACCCAGGUAUAAAGCUGUAUGCUUUUCUUCAUUUUGGGUAUUUUGAUGUAAUUAUGAAAUUAGGGGCUGAUCCAGAUGAGUGCUAGAUCUUGUACUUGAAAUCUCAGCUUUGUUAAGUUUGAUUAUUAGCGAAAUUGGUGGAACAUUACAGUUUCUUGUUUAUGCAUUAUGCUUUUAAAUGUUGAGAAGAGCUGAAGUUUUGUGUAUUUGCAAUUGAUUGAUAGAUUGAUUUGUUGGUAUAUUGGGAAUAGUUUGAAAAUUUGAUAGAAACUAAGAUGGUUGGAUCUACGGAAGAAGUACCGAGUCAUCCUUACCCGAAUGGGUUGAUUCAAAGUACUAAUGGUUCUUCUGUGGAGGAGAAGGUUGAUGAGCUACGUCAAAUUUUUGGUAAAGCGGAUGGUGAUCCAUUGAGAAUUGUGGGUGUUGGAGCAGGAGCAUGGGGUAGUGUUUUUGUAGCAAUGUUGCAGGACGCGUAUGGUAAUCUUCGAGAGAAGGUGCAGAUUAGAAUAUGGAGGAGAGCUGGAAGAGACGUUGAUAAAGCUACUGCAGAGCAUUUAUUCGAGGUCAUCAAUUCUAGGGAAGAUGUGUUAAGGAGGCUGAUAAGACGAUGUGCAUAUUUAAAGUAUGUUGAGGCAAGAUUAGGUGAUAGGACACUACAUGCCGAUGAGAUUUUGAAAGAUGGCUUUUGUUUGAAUAUGAUUGACACACCCCUUUGUCCUUUAAAGGUAGUCACCAAUUUGCAGGAGGCUAUGUGGGAUGCUGAUAUUGUCAUUAAUGGUUUGCCAUCAACAGAAACCAGGAAUGUAUUUCAAGAAAUUAGUCGGUAUUGGAAGGAACGUGUUACUGUUCCAGUCAUUAUAUCCUUGGCAAAGGGAAUAGAGGCUGAACUAGGGCCUGAACCCCGCAUUGUUACCCCAACACAAAUGAUUAACAAAGCAACUGGAGUUCCAAUUGAAAACAUCUUGUAUCUUGGUGGACCUAAUAUUGCAUCAGAGAUUUAUAAUAGAGAAUAUGCCAAUGCUCGGAUAUGUGGAGCUGAGAAAUGGCGGAAAGCACUAGCGAGAUUUUUGAGGCAGCCACAUUUUAUUGUAUGGGACAAUGGUGACUUGGUAACUCAUGAGGUCAUGGGUGGUCUAAAGAAUGUAUAUGCCAUUGGAGCUGGUAUGGUAGCAGCUCUUACUAAUGAAAGUGCCACGAGCAAGUCAGUAUACUUUGCACAUUGUACAUCUGAGAUGAUAUUCAUUACACAUCUCCUGGCUGAAGGACCCGAGAAGCUUGCAGGUCCACUUCUGGCUGAUACAUAUGUGACCCUGUUGAAAGGUCGUAAUGCUUGGUAUGGCCAAAAGUUAGCCAAAGGGGAAAUAAACCUUGAUAUGGGUGACAGCAUCAAGGGAAAGGGGAUGAUACAGGGAGUUUCAGCAGUAAAAGCCUUCUAUGAGCUACUCAGUCAGUCCAGUUUAAAUAUUUUUCAUCCUGAUGAAAACAAACAUGUAGCUCCUGUUGAACUUUGUCCUUUAUUGAAGACAUUGUACAAAAUACUGAUAAUGAGGGAGGUUUCAUCAGAGGCGAUUCUUCAGGCCUUGAGAGAUGAAACUAUGAAUGAUCCACGUGAUCGUAUUGAAAUUGCACAAAGUCAUGCCAUCUACAGACCUUCAUUACUUGGACAGUAGCCUUGAUUAAGGGACCUUUGCACACCACCAUCACAUACUAUUCGACCAUCGUAAUUCUUUCUUUGGCAGUGAAGUUGCCUAUGAAAUUAGGUGUUGUAUGUUCAGUCAAUUUUGUAAUAUGGUCUUAGACAAUUGGUUAUCAGAACGUGCUAUCUUGAAGUAUGAGAAUUGUUGUUGUAUCAUGUUCUUUUAUUUAUUCAAUCUUUCACUUUA